AUGGUGACCACAGAACAUGGUCAAGCUUUGGCCGAGUGUAUUUCUGCUGUAUCUUGUGCAACGCGUGAGUUUGAGCCCUCUUGCGCGGAGUUAACAGCGCAGGGCGGGUGUGAGGCUCUAGCAGCUGUGCUGGGUUCGGAUGACGUGUCAGCCAAGACGAAGAGUGCCUCCCUUGUUGCCUACCUUUGUGGUCACUACACGCCUGCUAGAGAAAAAUUUAUAGAGCAAAAUAUUGUCCGCAUUAUCGCAAAACAGAUUGAAAAAGGUGGGGAUGAUGCCACAGAGCAUCUUUUAAGGAUACUCUACGACCUCAAAAAUGAUCAGAGAAGAAAGAUAUUUUUUUCGAAGGAACAACAGUAUUGUAUGGAGUUAUUAAAGGUUAUUGGUAGCUGUCCCCAUGCUCAAGUUAAACAGAGUGAGGCCGAUAGAUAG